UUAUCCCUCUCGCGUUGCCGGGCAAGAGAAACAGUGACUCAAAUCGUAGAAGCUUCGACUUGCACAAGAUGCUGGCGAGAGCUCCGCCGCCGUCUCUCACUUUUCCGUCGAGAGAAUCCCUCGGAAAUUGGAGACCAAUCUUGCGGCUCCGUCGCCACGGCGGAGCAGUGGUGGCAAGAGCGGGUUACACUCGGCGGCCUCUGGAAAGUCCGGGCUCGUAUGAGCUUGUUGACCAUUCCACCGGAGAUAGAGUCAUCGUCGUAGGAGACGACGACAAGGAGGAUGAUUUCUCUUCUCCCGAUGAUGCGCUCUCUUCCAUUCCGUCAGAAAUUCCGAGGAAUGGUUCGCGUUCAAGAGGAGUCGCUGCGAGUUUCGGUAGACUAAAAGCUCAGAAAGUGAAAGCUCUUGUUGGAAGGGCAUCACGGAAGAAGCAGUCUGUGAUACAUAGAGACGACGAGGGCGAAGAUACCGUCUCUGAUAACGAGGAGCAUUUUGCAGAAGAUAGUUUUGGUUCAUCUUCCAUUCUGGAUUACAUGAGGAAGAAGUUGGUGAAGGGUGCCAUUACUGAACAAAAAGAAUAUGUAGAGCCAAGAAAGGUUGAAAGAUUCGUUAGACCAUGGGAAGAUAGGGAGCCAAAAGAGUUAAGCACGUUGGAUGGAUCUGAUGAAGCUUUUGAAGAGGCUUCGGAUUCUCGGAGACGUACUGAUAUCAAGGGAGAUGAAGUGCAGACUUCGUCCGGUAAAGGUUCUGCUAGUAACUCGAGGGGUUGGGGUGAUAGGCGUUCUGUUGCAACUUCGAGGGAGAGACCGAUUGAAGAAAAGAGAGGCAGCAAAUUCAUCAGUACCAGUGAGACUGACUUUUUCAGCCGAAAAGCAUUUCGGGAACUAGGGUGCAGUGAUUAUAUGAUAAAAUCCUUAAAAGAGCAGAAUUUUAUUCGCGCUUCACAUAUUCAGGCUUUGGCCUUUGCUCCUGUUAUUGAGGGAAAGAGCUGUAUUGUAGCUGAUCAAAGUGGAUCAGGUAAGACGCUGGCGUAUCUCGUACCGGUUAUUCAGCGUCUUAGGGAAGAAGAGAUUCAAGGACAGAGCAAGUCUUCAUCCCGGUGCCCUCGUGUUGUUGUAUUAGUACCCACUGCAGAGUUGGCUUCUCAGGUUCUUGGUAACUGUCGUUCACUUUCAAGGUUUGGAGUCCCUUUCCGUUCGAUGGUCGUGACGGGUGGGUUUAAACAAAAAACUCAGCUUGAAAAUUUGGAGCAAGGUGUUGAUGUUUUGAUAGCUACACCAGGGCGGUUCAUGUUCCUAAUUAAGGAAGGACACUUAGAGUUGACAAAUUUGAGAUGUGUUGUCUUGGAUGAGGUGGAUAUACUCUUUGGUGACGAGGACUUUGAGGUUACGCUGCAAAGUCUGAUCAAUUCUUCACCUGUUACUGCACAAUAUCUGUUUGUUACGGCUACCUUACCUCUGGCGAUAUACAACAAACUUGUUGAAGUAUUCCCUGAUUGUGAAGCAGUAAUGGGACCUCGUGUUCACCGCGUAAGCCCUGCCCUUGAAGAGGUUCUUGUUGACUGCAGCGGAGAUGAUAAGGCUGAGAAAACUCCAGAGACUGCAUUUGUCAACAAGAAAGCUGCUCUUCUUCAGAUUGUGGAGGAAAAUCCUGUUCCCAAAACCAUCAUCUUCUGCAAUAAAAUCGAGACGUGUAGGAAAGUCGAGAAUAUACUAAAGAGGUCCGACAGAAAAGAAAGUCAGUUCAGGGUCCUACCUUUUCACGCGGCUCUGGCGCAAGAAUCACGGCUUUCGAACAUGAAAGAGUUCACUUCAUCUCAGCCUGAAGGGAGCUCGCUCUUCAUGGUUUGCACGGAUAGAGCUUCCCGUGGGAUAGACUUUUCCGGGGUGGACCAUGUCGUGCUCUUUGACUUUCCACGCGAUCCGAGUGAGUAUGUCCGACGGGUCGGAAGGACGGCGAGAGGUGCCGGAGGAAAGGGGAAGGCUUUCAUCUUCGCGGUGGGGAAGCAAGUCCCACUGGCACGGAAGAUCGUGGAGCGUAACCUGAAGGGCCACCCGCUUCACGACGUUCCAUCUGCGUACGAAUUCACAACCUAAGAUCUCUUGCAACCAAACAUCAUAUGAUUCAUGAUAAAAAUCAGGAAAUUGCCCUUCUAAUCUUAUAUUUUGCAGUAUUUUACAUAUAUACCCUUAUAUCCCCCUUAUAAUCUAUAUUUUGCGAUCUGAAA